GGAAAUCUAGCAGAAGUCGAGAAAUAUGACCCAGCACUCUCCCGAGGACAUGGAUCCUGGAGGCUGAACCAGUUUUUCAAGCUAGAGUUGAACCGACCGAACACGAAGCAGAACCGCAAAGGAUGCGAUGGCUUCUCAUGCGGAAUUGGAAAUGUUUGCAAACCAAUCAUGUCUUGGAGGACGAGUCUCAUUGCUCUGCGUUACUCUCCAUCACCACUGCUCGACUGCUCGACUGCUCGACUGCUAGCCUAGCGUGAACUGCUCGCCCGCGUUGCUCUGCAUGGCUCUGCUUGUAGAAAACGGCUCUGAUUCGUGUUGCCUGAGCGAGAUCCGAGACAUCGUGACGAUUGACCGUUCGAUGCGAGAUCGCAACCACGCAGAUGGGGAAUGUCUCAAUUGUUGUCUCUUGGCUGUUGCUGUUCGUCCAUUCGGCAAAACAACGGGUGAUCAUCAGCUCCGCCAGUGCAAAAGAUGUCUUAGUUUCCGAGCUGCGGAGAGCUAGGGACGGACCCUGACAUCACAAUCACUAGAGCUCCUUCAGGGGCUUGGGGAUGGGGGAUAGUAUAAAAGGACCGGAUCUCCCUGCUUAAACCACAAGACAUAUUCACAGAACCGAUUGCAAGAUGCUUUUCUCCAACCUUGUCCUCGCUGCCUUGGGCGCAGCUGCUGCUUCAGCCCAUCCUACGAAUACCUGUCCCGGACCCAAGCGGGAGUUUGGCGUGAUUGCCAUCCAUUCCGGUGAGCCAGUGCACCUUUCGGGAUUCAACGCGGCGCAGAGCAGCAUUUUCGCCGGUCUGCCAAACCAGAACGCCCAAUGCGAGCGUCCCGAUGAGCGCUUCGCGACCUUCUACCUCGAGAACGGCGCCCUUUACCUGUACACUCCUUCGUCUGCUGAGCCACAGCAGAUGUUUGUCGAUCGUUCUGGCAUGGGCCAGGGUAAAAUCGGAUACCUUACCGGCGACACAUCCAACCCUCCUCCUCGAUUUGAACUCACCGGCUGGAGCAUCAACGGCCAUAACCACCUCCAGUUCGCGGGCAAGGACCUUGUUGCUUGCCCAGGCAGCAUUGACAAUUCGUACUCCAUCUGGGCCUCUGGCUUUGCGACUCCGGGUCAUAACGAGAACUGCAUUGGGAUUGCUGCGCGGGUUCAGUAUACUGAUUCUCCCAAUGCUUGCGUUUACACUUAG